AUGAACGAAGGCACGAUGAACACUUCUGCAUCUAGUUCAGGACUUAGCUCAAUGGCAGCCCAUCGCCGAGUGCUGUACUCCUUAGUGGCGACGACGUGUCUGGAAAGUGGCUUUCAAUCCGCCGAUAACAAUGCUCUUGAAGCGCUGCUCAUGAUGUUUCAAGCAUUCCUCAAUGAACUGAGCCUUCUAUCAAAACAGUUCUGCGAACAUGCUGGUCGAACUGAACCACUUCCGGGAGAUGUCCUCAUGGCGUUAAUUGAUAUGGGCAUCGACGUGAAAACUAUACCUAACUAUGCUUUUCGCCAGAACCGAGUCAUUGUGCCACCGCCGUCACAACAAACAAAGCAAGUCAUUCCAAAGAUACUUCAAACGGGCAAAAAGCGGAAACUCCAGAGCAACAUACCCGACUCUUUUCCGCCCUUUCCUGACUCACACUCAUACAUAUCCACUCCUACAUUUAAGCAACCAAUAACUGAUUACGAAACGUUGCGAGAAAAAUCAUCAACACAGAGGCGAGAUGUCGAACGUGGUCUGACGCGUUUUAUGGCACGCACUUUUAAAUCAACCUACAGCUAUUCUCUAUUUUCCGAUCCUAACCUUUCACAUCUGUUUCCAUUGAUUGGCAUCAAAACGGAUCCGGCACCGUACCUGUCUGCUCUCUUGCCAAAAGAUCAAAACUGGGAAGACAACAACGCAGAAAGUUCCAAAGAUUUAGUUGGUUUAAAAAACAAACUGGUAGGCGAAGGGGAAGGUGGUGCCCCUAAUGAAGUAGAAAUAAACAAAGAUAAUGAAGACAAUCUCGCAACUUCAAAUGAAGCAGAUGCAGUAGACAAUCCAUAUCUUCGGCCUCCGAAAGUUGUCAGUGACGCCAAUUUUGAAUUUUAA